GAUCCGGUGCUGCAGUGAAGGAGGUGGUUCUCGCCCGUGUUGUGUGUGUGUGUGUGAGUGCGUGCGUGUGUGUGUGAGUGAGUGAGUGUGUGCGUGCGUGCGUGGGGGCACUCGGCUUGUUGUUGUCGGUGACUUCCCCCUCCCCUCCACCCCUCCCCUUCCCCGCCGCCGCCGCCGCCGCCGCUGCAGUGGCCGCUCCCUGGGCCGUAGGAAAUGAGCGAUAACGAUGACAUCGAGGUGGAGAGCGACGAAGAGCAACCGAGGUUUCAAUCUGCGGCUGACAAACGGGCUCAUCAUAAUGCACUGGAACGAAAACGUAGGGACCACAUCAAAGACAGCUUUCACAGUUUGCGGGACUCGGUCCCAUCACUCCAAGGAGAGAAGCAACAGGCAUCCCGGGCCCAAAUCCUAGACAAAGCCACAGAGUAUAUCCAGUAUAUGAGGAGGAAAAACCACACGCACCAGCAAGAUAUCGAUGACCUCAAGAGGCAGAACGCUCUUCUGGAGCAGCAAGUCCGUGCACUGGAGAAGGCGAGGUCGAGUGCCCAACUGCAGACCAACUACCCCUCCUCAGACAACAGCCUCUACACCAACGCCAAGGGCAGCACCAUCUCUGCCUUCGAUGGGGGCUCAGACUCCAGCUCAGAAUCGGAGCCUGAAGAGCCCCAGAGCAGGAAGAAACUCCGGAUGGAGGCCAGCUAAGCCACACAGGGCAGGCCAGCAAUAAAACUGUCAGUGUCCUCUGUCGACUCCUCCUCGCAGUUCAUCCUUAGAUCCCUCAGAACCAUUUAAAAGACUUUAUUUUUCUCUUCUCUCUUUUUUUAAAUUGUUAUUUUUACGUAGAAGCUCUUGGACAACAGCUCUCGUUUUCCUUCCCCAUUUCCUCUAUUUUUAAAAAUUUAUUCCCUUCAGGGAUUCCUUGUCCCCACCAGGAAUUUUUAAACCAAAACACCCCAACUUGGCAGCUUUUUCUGUGGAGGACAGACAGCCAGCCGGACCUCUGAGCACAUGGUGUCCUGCCCGCCCCACCAGCUCCUCCAGCCCGCGGAGCAGUGCCUGGAGGACACCUGCCCGGCCAGGCCUCUCCUCCCACGCCCCUCACAGUAGACUUUGUGAGUCUGUGAACUGCUCUACCUUGACAAGAUGACCAGAUUGCAGUAAUCAGAAUUACCCCUUCUCCUUUGUAAGGAUUUUUUUUUUUUUCUGAAAAGCUAUUUAUUGCUCCUGUUGCAAGACCAGAUCCUUGAAGAAGCUUGUGGUAUAAAAGAAAAGUGGGGACAGAUCUGCAGUCCUGGGUGUGCUCCGCUCCUGUGCAAGCUGCGGAGCCAGCCUGCGGAGGCCUCGCGUCACCAGUGGUAUGUACAGGAGAGGCAGCAGCGAGAAGCCACAGCCACGCGGAGGGGUAGAGGGGGUUGCUCGGGGGUGGGGCAGGGAGGGAGCCUUGGGGGGAUAGAGGUUUUGUAUUGAGGGCCAGUGAUGAUGUUUUGAUAUUUAUUUCCUGCUACUGAAAUUUGAAUCUGAGUGAAUUGCCCCUAUUUCUGAUGAUGUCGAUAUUGUAAAGCGACAGAUACAUAAAGUAAUGAUUAAAUCUUCCUUUCUUUCUGUGUGUAUUUCUAAGAAAUAGAGCCGACUGAUUUUGUAUGUAAAUACCAAGAGCAUUUACCUGGUACUAAACCCUGGUGCAGUCCUUUCCCGGCCCACCACAUUCCUCCUGUCCCGGACCUGUCUGCCGUGUGAUCCAGCCCUGGUUCUGGCUGUGAUCAACAGAUCCUAGCGAAGGGUUUUGUGUUUUUAGGCCUCAUUUUUUGUCUUUUUUCCUACUCUGUUCCUUGCGUUUGCUGAUUUCUAGUGUAUACUCUGUAGUCUCAGUCCGUGUUUGAUUCCAUUCCAUGGAGGUAAAAGUAUGUUGUACAUACUGCCGAAGAGUUGUCUUGCAAGUUAAGGCUUCCCCCUUACUGUAAGAAUAUAAAUAAAAACUUAUUUUAUCCUU